AUGCUCCCACAUGGAGAUAAGGUCCAAAGGCCUUCUUGCUCACUACGACUUGGACGACUUUGGGCGAGCAGCCUCUUCAAGACACUGAAGCCAGGGGAUUUCAAUGAAAACACCUUUGAUAUAGCUGACAACCAACCUCUCAGUCGAUGGUGUGAUUCAGUGCGUGGCGCACUUGCUGCCAAGGUCAAGACCGCCGGGGACAUUUACAGGCGCAGCUCGUUCGAUGAGAACUGCACCAGGGGCGACGAGGACAUGCUCACGAGAGCUUUGAGUGCUGCAAGGACUUACGCUGAAGCUGGUGCUCGAGGCCCGCACAGUCGUUGUCCAGCGAUAUCAAGGCAUCCAUCGUUCAGGAUUGUCUGCAAAAGAGAGCCGGGGAACUGUGGCGGGUUGGUCGGUGCGUUCGCGGAUCCGUGGAGCAGCCGGUUUUCACGAUCUGCCUGGCCUUCCGUAGAUAACGUAUUUCCUCCGAGAAACUGCCAUACCGCGAACAAGGAUCACAUCCUUUUCCACGAGAUGGGCACCGAGGAUUACGCCUACGGUUCUGCCACUUCCCCGAGGCAGGAAUUCAACCACGGAACCAGGUAG